GUUUUGGCUCCAUACGUUCAACAUUUUUUAGCCCCCAGCGCUGGGCGAGCAAUACGGCGAUCAAACUUUCAGAUAGCGUAGUUCGGGAUCCUUGAAGACUCACAGGAUGGAAUACGUACAUUACCCCGUGCAAGUUGGCAAGGGCAUUGGCACUCGCGGCCAAAAAGCAUGGAUGGGCGGAUUGGUGUUCCUACAGGCCGCGCUCACAGUCUUGCGAUUGGUGUACCUCUUCGAAGCCUUAGGAGGUUUCUUCAUGGGCCUCAAUGUCUACUUGGGCUGGUAUGCCUUGAAGAAAAGCAUGGACAUCACGGCCGUCUCUUUGUGGGGCUUGAUCUCUGCAGCUCUUCUGGUCUAUGACGGCCUGGGAGCUUUGACCGGCAUCCUGGUGCAGACUUUUCACCUUGAAUUCCUCAAGGUGGGUAUCUUGGUGGCGCUACCCGUGGUCCACUUUCUGGCGGCAGACUUUGCAUGGGAGCUCUUCAAGGAGCAUGAACGCUCCGGCGGACUCUUCAAGCCUUUCUUUGCAGAUGCCAAAACCAUCGAACAGCAAAAACUGCUGCAGCAGCAGCAGCAGCAGCAGUAUACUCAGUAUGCUGCGUAUGGCACAGAAGGCAUGAAGACCGCGCCCGAGAUGUCUGCGGUCUACGGCAGUCGCAGUGGAGCGCCUGAGAAGCCGCAGAUGUCGCCGUUCCACACGGGGUACUACCCGCAGGAGAUGCACAAUCCAGCAGAUACUGCCAGUCGAAAGCAACACGCUGCAUGCUGUUGAUGGAUCGCCGGUCAAGAUGAGCCCAUUUGACCGGUGUCACAGCCUUGACGAUGUCGAAAUGUCUCACUCAGAGAAACUCAGUUUCCCUGCCAGUCUCUGCAGCAAAUUUUGGUUCUGAAACUUGGGCACCAAUGGUCC